CGACAGCUGCGACUGGCGCCGGGGAGGACGCUCUGUAUUCGUAAUGUUGAUAAUGGAGGAAUCGGGAUAUGCAUGACAAAAUGGUUUAGAAUUUGUGUUGCUGAUUUAUUCACAUUAUCAUUUAUUAUACAACAUCCAGAUCCACCACUACUAGGUUCUUUGAGUCGCCCUCCACAGCGAAGCACGCUGACACGAUCGCGAAGCCUUCGGCGCAGCUUCCCACCAUUGACCGCACAUUCAGCCCCGAACCCGAUCCAUCCGGGAAAAUGGAAUUUCAGACGCCGGCUAAUGGUAGGAAGUGUAAAUCCGUAGUCGUUUUUAUCAUGCGUACUAUUCAUCUGAUACGGAUGUUGCUGCUUUACGGUUCUGUUGAUGAAGCUGCAAGGCUUUUUUGCCACACAAAAUAGGUUCUUCUUUUUUGCAACGGGAUCAUCUCAACAUUUCACGAAAAAAUCUAAGGUGCGGAAGACUCCAUGUUGAUGACCGACGGAACAGACCAUGCGAAUGGCUGUGGCAAGGCGAGAACGCUCGGUCAAGGAGAAAACGACGAUGACAGUCCGGUGAUCGCUGUGGCCGGAAAGUCUGGAUGUAUUGAAAGCGACAUUGUAGGAGCACACUUUUCUUUUUGGUCUUACAAUUACAAAUGCAUAUUAUCACGCUUCUAGAGCAAUUGAUUUCCUUGUAUAAUGCAGUUCGCUCCGGCUACAGUGAUCUACCUAAACUUCUAUUUUGAUUUUACAUUGCAAUUGAUAAUGUAUGAUCUUCAUCCGCUGGUGCUCAAUACCAAAUCACGAAGAGCGUGCGCAUUGCACUAAACGCAGUUCUAUGAACUGCAAAAGUAUCGUACUCGUAUAAAUGCAUUACAAAUUUUCUCAGCAUGAGAAAUAAAAUUUGUAAUGCUGAUUUGCCUUGACAAAGAAAUUUGUAAUGCAAGACCUGCAUUUAUACGAGUACGAUACUUUUGCACAGGAUAAGUUCCAAUCCUCUCGUCAGGUGUAGCUCAUCUUCGUCUCCUAUCCCACGAAAAAACUGUUUCACUGUGA